CAAAAACUGACCCUUUCCUUCUUUCUUUCUUCCUGCAAUUUCUCUCUCCCCUUUUCUCAUCUCUGAUGAGGCUCAGAAAGGUCUGUAUAGAUCGCGGAAUGUGACCGCCGACAAUUCUCGGAUCUUCGUCAGAGAUCACCGGAGGUUGAUCAGAUCCAAUAGAAUUUCAAAUAGUAGAUGGAAGCAAAAGACUGGAACUCUUGCUCUAUAUCAGUUUCAGACAGUUUUUGAGUCAAGCAUCAGAAUACAAAAUAAUAGUGGAAAUUUUUGGCUGUGGAAGAACCAUCUUAGUCUCCCAUGGGAGUGCGCUACAUUUCAGUUUCAACAGUCUUCACUGUUCUAAGCUUCAUUGGGCUUCAAUGUUGGAUAGGAUGGUCACUUGGUAAAGUAAAUUCCGAUGGGCCCACUGUUGUGAGUAUCAACACACGGAAUGCAAGUCAGGCACUUGAGGCUGUUCUGGAUUCGUACACCACAAUUGCGUUGGUUGCCAAUUUUGUCAUUAACACUUUCAUUUUACUCAUUUUGUGUCUUAAGACUAUAUUCUUUGGAGAACUACACUCAUCUGAAAGUAGGAAAUUGGCUGAACGCCUCAUCAACUAUAUCAUCUACAAGGGACCUUUUCUUCCACUGGUAAUUCCAUCAACAGUUUUUCAAGCAGGCCUAUGGUCAACAUGGCUGGUGGUCCUUUGUUCUUUAAAGAUGUUUCAAGCUUUAGCCAGGGAUCGCCUGGAACGCUUAAAUGCUUCUCCUACUGCUACACCACGGGCCUAUUUUCGUGUUUAUUCUAUGCUUUUGCUGGUUUUCUCCUUGGACAUGUUCUGGAUAAAGCUGUGUCUGACUGUCUACAGCACCAUAAGUUCACCAAUAUAUUUAUUGCUAUUCUUUGAGCCCCUCAGCAUUGCCUUUGAGACACUUCAGGCUAUUCUGGUACAUGGGUUUCAACUGCUAGAUAUAUGGAUUCAUCAAUCUUUGGGGGAUAUUGCAAGUAGUCAAACUUCUAAGCUCUUAGACAUUUCUGCUGCAGGUUCAUUUUUGGAAUGGAAAUGCAUUCUUAUUCGGAACAUAGGUUUUUUCCUGGACAUGAUGACAUUGUUGAUGGCCCUUGCGCAUUAUGUGCAUAUUUGGUGGCUCCAUGGCAUGUCGUUUCAUCUUAUGGAUGCAAUCCUUUUUCUGAACAUUCGUGCCUUAUUGAGUGCAAUUGUGAAACGCAUAAAAGGCUUUGUUAAACUGAGAAUAGCAUUGGGCACCCUUCAUGGUGCACUUCCAGAUGCAUCAUUUGAAGAGCUCCGGGCUUAUGAUGAUGAAUGUGCUAUUUGCCGGGAACCAAUGGCGAAGGCUAAGAAGCUCUCUUGCAAUCAUCUCUUCCAUCUUGCAUGUUUGAGAUCUUGGUUAGAUCAAGGUUUAACUGAGAAUUAUUCCUGCCCUACUUGCCGCAAGCCACUUUUUGUGGGCAGAAAUGGGAGUGAAGUGAACAGCCAAACUGCUCAAGUUUCUGGAGAUGAACAGCUUGCACGCCAAAUGAGUCGGGUACUUGAUCGGCCAAACCUUCCUGGUCCUCCCCUUCCUACUGAAGUUUUCCAAAAUCAUCCGGAGAACACUUUGGAAAACCGUGAUUGGAGAGGGGCUGGAAUGGAUUCAAGUUGGUUGAGUUCGGACGGGGCAGGCCCGUCUACAAGUGUAAGAUUGGGAGGAUUAGGCCGAGUUCAAAUGAUGAUGAGACAUCUUGCUGCCGUGGGAGAAACCUAUGCCCAGACUGCCCUUGAAGACGCUGCUUGGAGUCUUUUAUCUAUGCAUCAUCCCCCCACCCAGGCUAGCACGUCCACGUCCACGUCCACUUCAGCCACCCCACCUGCUAAUCCCGACAGCGCUAGCAGUUUGCGCUUGAGGACCCCACACGGCGCCGUAAAUGGCAACUUAGCACAACUAAUUGCAAUGGCUGAAACUGUUAGGGAAGUUUUGCCUCAUAUCCCGGAUGAAAUAAUUUUCCAGGAUCUGCAGAGAACAAACUCGCCUACAGUCACUGUGAAUAAUCUCUUGCUUAUGUGAUCUGAGUUUUUGUUCAUAGCAACAUUAAGUUGUUGCUUUGGAUGGGGGGGUGAGUCAUGGGUGAGAUAUGCCAAAUGCAGCAGCAGCAGCAGCUUAAAUGCAGACCUUACCAUCCAUAUGUUGUGUAUUAGUAGCACUAGUACUUUGUCAGAAGCUUCAUUUUUUGUAAAUAGAAGGCUUUUUUUUUUAAAUUUGUUAACCAGUUUCAGGUAAAAAAAAAGUAUUAUCGCAUGGGUGAAAUAAAUUUCUUAUAGCAACAAACACUAAAUACAUGCCCAACACCUCUCUCUGGUCACACCUUGCUUCAUUUGGUAGGUUGUGAGUAUGGGGAAUAUAAGAAUAUUGGAUGG